AUGGAUCGACUACUCAACCUACAAACAGCGCUCUCCCUCGGCUAUGUCGGCUCCAUGGUCCUCACGGCCUACCUAUCAUCCCUUCAUCUCCUGCCCUCCACCACCACCCGCAAAACACGCCUGAUCUACCUCUGGCUCUCCUUCGACUGCAUCUGCCACCUCACGCUCGAAGGACCUUGGCUCUACCUCAGCACGCAAUCGCGGAGCGUCAACGCAUCGAAAUCAUUCUUCGGCUAUCUGUGGCAGGAGUACGCGGCAGCGGACGCGCGGUGGGGUACGGGCGACGCGACGCUGGCGUCCAUGGAGUUUGUCACCGUGCUGCUGUGCGGGCCCUUGGCGGGGUGGUGCGCGUGGCUGCUGGCGCGCGGGGAUCGGGCGUACCAUUACUGGGUGGUGGUGUUGAGCACGGCGGAGCUGUAUGGCGGUUGGAUGACGUUUGCUCCUGAAUGGUUGGUUGGGAGCGCAGCGUUGGAGGUGGGCGACUGGUUGCUGUUGUGGGUGUAUUUGGUGUUCAUGAACUUGGUGUGGGUGGUGAUACCGGCGUGGUUGAUGGUGGACAGCUAUGCAGUUGUAUCGAGGUGCUUGAGGGGGGAUGAGGGGGUGGAUGGGACGGUGGCGCCCGUGGCCCGUGGGCAGGUGUCAAAGGGUAAAGCAAAGGCCAAGUCCAAAGAAGCAACGAAGAGCGUUGCAUCAACACGCACACUCUCGGGAUCAGCGUACCUGCUCCUCGUCGCAGCCAUCUUCCUCUACCUCAUGCCGACCGCCGUUUCGGCGGCCUCCACCACACGCUUCUCGUACGACCCUUCAGGCACCACCACCCUCUUCCCCACCGUCGACCUCACCUCUCGCACCGAAUCGAUCUUUACCUCACUCAAAUCGCUGAUUCUCCCUCUCCUUCUGCCCCUUGGCCUGGUCGGCUUCUCGUUCACAGUGGGGGCGAUCCAAGUGGCCGACAAAGCUCUGCGCAAAGUGCGCAAGACGAACCGUACGCGGCGACGCAAGCUCCUCGCGACGCUAUCGAUCGACGAAAAGACUUCUCAAGUCACAAUCAUCGGCUUCUUCCACCCGUACUGCAAUGCGGGAGGCGGCGGAGAGCGCGUGCUGUACGAAGCACUUUCUUACCACCUCGCGCGCGACCCGCACUGUGUCGGUGUCGUGUAUACGGGCGAUUACCCGGCCACCUCGAAAACCGACAUCCUCGCUAAAGCAGCAUCGCGGUUUGGGAUCACCAUCGACCCGAACCGAGUCGCCUUUGUGGGAUUGGAGCGGCGGUGGAUGGUCGAAGACUCCGCAUGGAAGAGCUGGACGCUGCUGGGACAGAGUUACGGCUCGAUAUGGUUGGGGUUCGAAGCGCUCAGCCAGCUCGUGCCGGACGCGUGGAUCGACACCAUGGGCUAUGCGUUCACCUACCCCGUUGCGCGCCUUUUCAACCGCACCUUACCCAUCGCUGCAUACGUCCACUACCCGAUCAUCUCGACCGACAUGCUCGCGCGCGUUUCUGCACGUCAGGCGGGGCACACCAAUGACAGCCGUACCGCCAACUCGGUGGUGCGCAGUCGUGGCAAGUUGGUCUACUACAGGCUGUUUGCGAAGGUGUACAGCUGGGCACUGAGGCGUGCAGACGUGGUGGUGGGCAAUGGGAGCUGGACGCGGGGUCACUUGGAGCAGUUGAUGGGGCGGCGAGUGGAGAAGGUAUUCCCGCCGUGCGAUACGGAUCCGCUGGCGCAGUUUGGGCUGCAGCGCGAGAGCAGGGUGGUUGUCAGCCUGGCGCAGUUCCGACCGGAAAAGGAGCAUCCGAUGCAGCUAAAGGUGCUCAAGCAGUUGCGAGACACGCGGCCGGAUCUGUUUGGUGCGCAGAAUGGCGUCAAGCUCGUCAUGAUGGGCAGCAGCAGGAACUCGGACGAUGAGCAACGCAUCGAGCUGUUGCGAGCUCUGUCCAAAUCGCUGGGUCUGGACGAGUGCGUCGAGUUCGUCGUCAACGCAAACUACGAGGCUAUCUGCCAACAUCUGGCACAGGCAAGUGUGGGCAUCAGCACGAUGAAGGACGAACAUUUCGGCAUAAAUGUUGUCGAGUUCAUGGCCGCUGGUCUCGUCACGCUUAGCCACAAGAGUGCUGGGCCCUGGCUGGAUAUCGCUGUUCCUUCGGCUAAUCGCUCUGCGCCUGCGACGAAGGAGGGCGAACAGCAGCAGGAGAAGACAGCGGUAGGAUAUCACGCAGAGACCGUCGAAGAGUUUGCGUCUGUUCUGGCGAGCAUUUUCGACUUACAAGAGCGUCAGCCGGAGAAGGUGGCGGAGAUGAGACGUGCUGCGAGAAGCAGAGCGCAGGGUGUGUUUGGGAGGAAAGCCUUUACUGAGGCGUGGCAGAAGGAAUUGUGGGGGAAACUCGAGGGGAAGUUGCACCGAUCCGGCCCGACACAGGUGCAGCAGCAAGAGAAGAAGGAGCAGUGA